GAGCCUCCAUCACUUCCUGUACCGCAGCCUGUAAACCCCUACGCUUCCUUCUGGAGUUCAUUACACACAGUGGACCCGGCACUUCAUUAAAUUAACUUCUGCGAAUAUAUUUAUAUCACACUAUUUAUUUGUUUAUCAAGUGUGAAUUCAGCAGCUCAGAAUGGAGACAUCUGGGAACUCGAAUAAGAAGCAGAAACUGAGUAACGCGCCUGAGAGCUGGGGGAUGCAAAGAGCCACCAAUGUGACAUAUCAAGCCCAUCAUGUGAGCCGAAACAAGCGUGGACAAGUAGUUGGCACUAGAGGAGGAUUUCGAGGUUGCACAGUGUGGCUUACAGGUUUGUCUGGUGCAGGUAAAACGACGGUCAGCAUGGCUCUGGAGGAGUAUCUGGUGUGCCAUGGCAUCCCCUGCUACACUAUGGAUGGAGAUAACAUCAGGCAGGGCCUCAAUAAGAAUCUGGGCUUCAGCCCUGAAGACCGCGAGGAGAACAUUCGCCGUAUCGCGGAGGUGGCAAAACUGUUUGCUGAUGCUGGGCUUGUGUGUAUCGCCAGCUUCAUUUCCCCAUACAGCAGGGACCGCCUGAAUGCAAGGAAGAUCCAUGAAGCUGCUGGCCUUCCGUUCUUUGAGGUGUUUGUGGAUGCUCCUCUGGAUGUGUGUGAGCAGAGAGAUGUGAAGGGGCUCUAUAAGAGGGCUAGAGCUGGAGAAAUCACAGGGUUCACAGGAAUAGACUCUGAGUAUGAGAAGCCAGAGGCCCCUGAACUGGUACUAAAAACUGAUUCUUGCAGUGUGAACGAGUGCAUCCAGCAGCUCCUGGACCUCCUGCAGGAGAGGGACAUAGUGCCUGUGGACGCAUCCUAUGAGGUCAAGGAGCUCUACGUGCCUGAGAACAAGCUGGACUUGGCCAAGGCUGAUGCAGAGAGUCUUCCAGCAGUGGAGAUCACCAAGGUGGACAUGCAGUGGGUGCAGGUGCUGGCUGAGGGCUGGGCCACUCCUUUGAACGGCUUCAUGAGGGAGAGAGAGUUCCUACAGUGUCUUCAUUUCAACUGUCUGCUCGAUGGUGGGGUUAUUAACCUGUCGGUGCCAGUGGUCCUUCCCGUCUCAAGCUCUGACAAGGAGCGUCUGGACGGCAGCACCGCAUUCGCGCUGGCCUACGGUGGUCGGAGAGUCGCGAUCCUGCGAAACCCAGAGUUCUACGAGCACCGCAAGGAAGAGCGUUGUGCCCGGCAGUGGGGCACCACCUGCAAGGACCAUCCAUACAUCAAGAUGGUGAUGGAGAGUGGAGACUGGCUGGUCGGAGGUGAUCUCCAGGUGCUGGAUCGGAUCUACUGGAAUGACGGGCUGGAUAGUUACAGGCUCACGCCAACUGAACUCAAGCAGAAGUUUAAAGAGAUGAACGCAGAUGCUGUCUUUGCCUUCCAACUGCGGAACCCAGUGCAUAAUGGCCACGCGCUGCUCAUGCAGGACACACAGCGACGUCUAAUUGAACGUGGCUACCGUCGACCCGUGCUUCUGCUACAUCCGCUGGGAGGCUGGACCAAAGAUGAUGACGUACCACUGGCCUGGCGUAUGAAACAGCAUGCAGCUGUGCUGGAGGAGGGGCUGCUUGACCCCAAAUCCACCAUAGUGGCCAUUUUCCCCUCACCAAUGAUGUACGCCGGCCCCACAGAGGUCCAGUGGCACUGCAGGGCCCGAAUGGUGGCCGGGGCCAACUUUUACAUAGUGGGCCGUGACCCCGCAGGAAUGCCUCACCCAGACACAGGUAAAGACCUCUAUGAGCCCUCCCACGGAGCUAAAGUUCUCACCAUGGCCCCUGGACUCAUAUCGCUGGAAAUUGUGCCUUUCAAAGUGGCAGCCUACAAUAAAGUCAAGAAGGCCAUGGAUUUUUAUGACCCCAAAAAACACCAGGACUAUGACUUCAUCUCAGGAACCCGCAUGAGGAGGAUGGCUCGCGAGGGCCAGAACCCCCCGGAAGGCUUCAUGGCACCCAAAGCCUGGAAUGUUCUCAAGGAAUACUACCAGUCUUUGGAGAAGGCCUAAGCCGUUUUCCAGGUGCGCAGAGAGAGAGGAGGAAGCAAUUCUGUUACAGAGGGAAGAGGAGGAAGAGGAGGUGAUCAUUUGUAAAAAAACAAAAAAAACAAAUCACAAACAUUGGGACCACCCAAAGGACUUCUUGAACUGUUUUGGAUGUUGUUCCUCAUUAAUUCACUGUCGGUUUCAUGGUUCAGUCUUAUGGCAGCAUUUUUAUAUGUUCGGUUUAAAAAAAGAACGCGAGUUAGCUUGUGAAAGGUACAUUUUAAGUAUACAAUACUGUAAAUAUAGAAAACUAAACUGUUUUAUUAGUAAACUAUGCCAUCUAUGUUCUUGUACACUCCCUAGAAUUCAUAAUCACUGAUACAAUUGGAUGAAAGAUGACAUAUAAUUUGAAAAUUUCCCUACUUGCCUUAAAGAUCAUAAGCUUUUAUUGAAACGGUUACAUGUACUGCAUUGUUCUGGCUUUAAUGCACAUUAAACUCUAUCAACAGCAUUUAUGGCAUAUUGUCAAGUACAGCAGAAAAUUAUUUCCUCGUGUGUGUUUUUUAACAGCUAAAAUAGAGGUUGCAAAGUCAGUAAAGCUAAUAAGUUCUGCACAAUAUGUUCUAAUAUAUAAAAAAGACAUAGAGAAAUAUCAAAACAAAAGAGAAAAUGUAUCAAAUUUUAUCUAACUAGAACAGCAGUCCUACUGCAAAAGUGACAAUUUAAUAACUUUAUAGUGCAAAAAUACAUUACAAAUAUUCUAAUGUAAACCUGUUUUUUGCUUUUAAAAAUAAAACAAGUUCAAAUUAUUUUGUGGUAAUCAACAUUAUGUUACAAAUGCUGUCAAAAGAGAUUGAUGUAUAGAGCAAGGAACAAUCCUUUAAGCCAAAAUGUGUGCCUGGAUGUGACGUAUACAGUUGGUUGUGCCCGUCCCUCUUUUAGGCAUUGUUUUUAGAAAAAAACAGUUAGUUGUUUAUUCAGUGGUCUGAAAAUAUUUGUGGUGACAACAGUAUAUUCUUUAUGUACAUUUUGGCAACAUUUUGUUCUGAAAUCUGGACAAUUAUUUCUUGCUUGCAGAGCAGUCAAACGUAAAAUUCACAUAUUUAAAUCUGUGAGGUUUGUCCUUUUUAAGUUACUGGCAUAACUUUAAUAGAAUUCCUUUAGUCUGUAACAUUUCUAACCAUGGUGUUUUGAUAUUUCUUUGUUUGAAUGUAGUUUUUUUUGUUAAACAAAAUGAUUUAGCUUUGUCUUUGGUAUAGGUGCAUUUUUCUGUAGUAUUUAUUUUGAAAACUUUUUGUUGUGUGUUUAUUGUAUUAGAAUAGAAAGGAUCAUAUUCUUCGGUUUAUAAUUCAUAGUUGUCUUGUUUAUUUUUUUAACAGUAUUGUCCUUCUUUACUCAGUGUUUUUAAUAAAGCAUUCCACCAAAAA